AUGUCGACCUCCGACCUAAACACAUCCCUCAGCGUUGGCUUCCACUCGUCACUACCGCGUUCCCACAUCGUGGGGCCCAAGGCAGACAGACGUAGAUCCCUGCGUCACGACUCAUGCGUGCGAGUGGUGAUAAAAACCAGGUUUGGGGACAACAGUGGUGUCCUAGAGGGACCGUCUCCGCAGCAUCCAGAGGGUGACAGCCUCGCGGAUCGGACUUGGAAGUUUCUCUUCUGCUCGGGUCCCGGCCCUGGGCCCACGUGCAGGGUCCCACCCCUGGCCGCGCGGGGGCGCAGUGCGCAGGCCGGGGUCGAAGGGGUGCCCUCCUGGCAGCCUCGGUGUUCAAGCCAAGCUUUCACCCAGUCUCCCCGCGGGGUAAAAAAUAAUGCGAAAGAGGCCGUCUGGCACAUACACGUCUGCGGGACAUUUCCUUUCCUGCUGACUAGGCUGCAUUGGAGAUCUGGCGUGAAGGGCGGAAAGGCUUCCAAGGCCUCUUCUGAAGAGCUAAAAGCUGCCUACCGCAGGCUGUGUAUGCUUUACCAUCCAGACAAGCACAGAGACCCGGAGCUCAAAUCACAAGCAGAACGGCUGUUUAACCUCGUUCACCAGGCUUAUGAAGUGCUUAGUGACCCCCAAACCAGGGCCAUCUAUGAUAUAUAUGGGAAGCGAGGACUGGAAAUGGAAGGAUGGGAGGUUGUGGAGAGGAGGCGAACUCCGGCUGAGAUCAGGGAAGAGUUCGAGCGGCUGCAGAGAGAGCGGGAGGAAAGGAGGCUGCAGCAGCGAACCAACCCCAAGGGAACCAUCAGCGUCGGAGUAGACGCCACUGACCUUUUUGAUCGCUACGACGAGGAGUAUGAGGACGUAUCUGGAAGUGGCUUUCCGCAGAUUGAAAUUAAUAAAAUGCACAUAUCCCAGUCCAUCGAGGCCCCCUUGACAGCCACGGACACGGCCAUCCUCUCGGGAAGCCUCUCCACCCAGAACGGCAAUGGAGGGGGCUCCAUCAACUUCGCGCUCCGCCGAGUGACCUCUGCGAAGGGCUGGGGCGAGUUGGAAUUUGGAGCUGGCGACCUCCAGGGCCCAUUGUUUGGUCUCAAGCUGUUCCGUAAUCUCACCCCCAGAUGCUUCGUGACGACAAACUGUGCCCUGCAGUUUUCCUCCCGUGGAAUCCGGCCCGGCCUGACCACGGUCCUGGCCCGGAACCUGGACAAGAACACGGUGGGCUACCUGCAGUGGCGGUGGGGCAUCCAGUCAGCCAUGAACACCAGCAUCGUGCGCGACACCAAGACCAGCCACUUCACGGUGGCCCUGCAGCUGGGGAUCCCCCACUCCUUCGCGCUGAUCAGCUAUCAGCACAAGUUCCAGGACGACGAUCAGACGCGCGUGAAAGGCUCCCUUAAGGCGGGCUUCUUCGGGACAGUGGUGGAGUACGGCGCGGAGAGGAAGAUCUCCAGGCACAGCGUCCUGGGUGCGGCCGUCAGCAUCGGAGUCCCGCAGGGCGUCUCUCUCAAGGUCAAGCUGAACAGGGCCAGCCAGACCUACUUCUUCCCCAUCCACCUGACGGACCAGCUGCUGCCCAGCGCCGUGUUCUACGCCACCGUGGGGCCCCUCGUGGUUUACUUCGCCAUGCACCGCCUCGUCAUCAGACCGUACCUCCGGGCGCAGAAGGAGAGGGAAUUGGAAAAGCAGAGGGAAAACACCGCCAGUGACAUCCUGCAGAAGAAGCAGGAGGCAGAGGCCGCUGUUCGUCUGAUGCAGGAAUCUGUCCGAAGAAUCAUCGAGGCCGAGGAGUCCAGAAUGGGGCUCAUCAUCGUCAACGCCUGGUACGGCAAGUUCGUCAACGACAAGAGCAAGAAGCGGGAGAAGGUGAAGGUGAUCGACGUGACCGUGCCCCUGCAGUGCCUGGUGAAGGACUCGAAGCUCAUCCUCACCGAGGCCUCCAAGGCGGGGCUGCCCGGCUUCUACGACCCGUGCGUGGGCGAGGAGAAGAGCCUGCGGGUGCUGUACCAGUUCCGGGGCGUGCUGCACCAGGUCAUGGUGCCUGACAGCGAGGCCCUGCGGAUACCAAAGCAGUCUCACAGGAUCGACGCGGACGGAUAAGCUGCCGGAGAACCUGGUUUCAAAGAGGCUACGAGAGACCUUUUCCUGGGAGUCUACAAAUUUGGAAGCAGGAACCUGGAGAUCAGAUGUUCUGUUUUAUUUUGUUCCUCUAGAAGGUGGUCCCCUAUGAAUUAUGUGCAGGGACACGCGGACGCCAUAGCACGGCACUGCGGGGAGGACUGGGACAGCGCCACACAGGGCCAGGCGCGGACCCCCCGGAUCGCGACCCUGGUGGGCAGGUCCCCAGGCCGUGCCCGGCAGGCUGCCCGCCCAGAGCUGUUCGGAGUGCCCCGUCCUGCGAGUCCACACAGUGCGGGGAGCACGGCAAGGACGGGUCUCGGCCCAGGCCCCGAGUGGGGCAUCUGCCGAGCAGAUCCCCACACCCCGUCCUCUGCUGAAAUUCGCCUCGGGGCCGGCGAGGACGGCCGUCUAUAAAACUGCUUUUUAUCCGAGAA